AUGUCGGAUUUGUCAGCUCAAUUAUCAGCAUUCAAAAAUAAAAUCAGAAGCGGGCCUUCUGUGGUGACUAAAAGAUCAGUGACUGCUCCUGCGAAAGUAACUAAACCGGUUUCUCCAAGUAAAGAAGAUAGUAAAAAAAGAUUCAAUAAUGAUUCUGUAAGUGAAGUUUUCAAAAGACAAAAAUCAAAUGCGUCUAGUGAUAUGUCAGGAUCACACUUAUCUACUCAACUUCAUUUAGCAGUUGAAUAUAUUAAACAGCAUGAUUUCCCAAUAUCGGUAAAUAAAUUACAAAAUUAUUUAUCGUUUAAUAUUGAAGAAACUCUAUUGCCUUUACUAAAAGAAAUUGACCGGAUAAAAUAUGAUGCUAAUGAAAAUACUUUGGAAUACGUUAGUUUACAUAAUAUUAGAAAUGCUGAUGAUUUACUUAAUUUCUUAAGGUCUCAACCAACUUUUAAAGGUACUUCGGUUAAAGAAUUAAGAGAUGGUUGGGCUGGUUGCUUACAAGCAAUUAAUGAUUUAGAACUGGAAAAUAAAAUCUUAGUUUUAAGAAAUAAAAAGGAAAAUGCUCCUAGAUUAGUUUGGGCUAAUUUAGGUGGUGAAUUGGGUCUUAUAGAUGAUGAAUUCGUGGAUAUGUGGUCGAACGUUAAAUUACCUGAUCCUGAUAAUUUAUACCAAUCGUUAUUAGAUCAAGGUUUAAAACCAACCGGGGCUGAUCCUCAAUUAAUUAAAAAGAAACCUCAACAACAAGAAAAGAAACAGAAAAAGGCUAGAAGAGGUAAAGUUACAAAUACCCAUAUGAAAGGUAUAUUAAAAGACUAUUCUCAAUUAGUUUAAUAUAUAGACUCUCGUUAUACCCUUUGUAUUCGUCCCGUGGCGUGCUCAGAAUUACACUCUUCUUAGUGUGGGUGCAUGGGUGUUUGGUGGCGGCUCUACUAUGGCACGCUGCGUAAAUAUGAUACCGUUCUCUCGAGGCAAAAU